AUGAUGGAUAAUAAUAAACGACGAGAAAUACGCGCUGUUGUUGAUGGUUCCAAGACCUUUAAUAAUAAUAAUAAUAACAACAACAACAACGAUGAUGGAUUGGAAGUCAAUCAAUCACCCAAAUUAUCGGUAUCAACCUAUAAUAAUCGCCGUAAAAGUCAUAAUCCAACCACUACAUUUUAUCUUCAUCGUGGCCAAAAUACGUCAUCCUGUGGAUCAAAAAGUGCUACAGAAAUUCCGGAUUUACCAUCACAAACGAAUGGUAUGGCUAAAAAUGUUCGAAAACAAAGUGUACCUAUUACAGCCAUAUCUACACCUAAAAUUAUUCCGAAAACAACCGCUAAAUCCACAUCGAAUUUGAUUCGUAGAAAUUCUGCUCAACCAAAAAUACAAUUGAAUGGCAGAAAUUCUCAACAAGCUAAAAUACAAUCGUCAUCCGUAUCAUCAUCAUCAUUAUCUUCAAGUAGAAUUACUUCAAGAAGAUCAUUAUCACCAGGAAAAAAAUCAAAUCAAACACCAAAUCGUUCAUCGAAAUUAACAGAUUCAAAACAAACAAAAUCUGCAGAACCUAUCAAUAGAUGGCGAAAUCGGCAACCACAAUCAUCGCUUCUGAGUAGCAGAAAUUCGAAUCAUCAAACGUCAACAACAGCUGCUAAUGCUGCUGCCGCUUCCACAACAACGCCAUCGACAACCAAAACAAAAAAGAUUGGCCAUCAUCUUAGUGAAUCUUCUGCUAAAGUUGUAAUAGGUCAAGUAACCCAAAGAAGACAACGAAUACCACAAACAACCAUAAUAAAAAACCAGUCAAAACAGCCAACAAAAGAAGAAAAAGACGAACAAAAUCCAGUUGAUGACGAUUGCCGAAAAGAUAUUGAUGUUGUUACUCCUAGAACAAUUUCACCAUCAUCGUCAUCUAAACUAAUGUUAAGUAAUUUUUUAAUUGCUCUAUCAUUAUAA